UGUAUUACAAAGAAAAACAAUUUUUUCGCUGAAUGCCCUCAAUAAUGCACGUGUUUACUUGAUGUCCGUCAUCAGUUUUCCUUUCGUGAGAGUUUUCCAUUCUCCUUAUAUUAAGGUAGUGAGAAACGAUGCCUUCGGUAUCUGCAGUACUAAUUCUGCAACUAAUACUGUUUUUUCUGUUCCUAAUUUUUGUCCGAUAUGAUGAAAAUUUCAACAUGGGAGAGUACCCUUUGUUUCAAGACAUUCAUGUGAUGGUCUUCAUUGGAUUCGGAUUUCUGAUGGCCUGCCUCAGACGUUAUGCAUUCAGCGCAAUUGGGUUCAAUUUUCUUAUUGGCGCUGUGAUGUUACAAUGGUCCAUAAUUUGUCGUGGAAUCUACAAAUUGGAUGGAUCGUAUAAAAUUCUCAUAAAUUUGCAGAGUUUAUUCAAUGCGGACAUCACAACAUGUUCUGUAUUGAUAUCUAUGGGAGUAGUCUUAGGAACUACUACUCAUGUCCAAUUGUUGAUAAUGGGUAUGAUGGAGGUCAUAUUCUUCUCGUUGAACAACUACAUUUCUUUAAAUUUGCUGCGAGCAUGUGAUACUGGUGGAUCAGUGGUUCUCCAUGCAUUUGGCUCAUUUUUCGGCUUAGCGGUCAGCUUCGUAGUAGGCAGAGGAAGAGUUAUGGACUGUCAUAAUAAAUGCUCUAGAUACAAUUCUGACAUAUUCGCUAUGAUUGGUACUAUUUUCCUAUGGCUUUAUUGGCCCAGUUUCAGUGGAAUAUCAUUGCCAAGUGACUUGAAACACAGAGCUAUCAUAAAUACCUAUCUUGCCUUGGCCUCCUGCUGUGUUACAACUUUUGCUUUUUCUUCCUGGUUCAAUGGCAAUCAAAAAUUGGAAAUGGUUCAUAUUCAAAACGCAACUUUAGCAGGUGGUGUAGCAAUUGGCUCAUCAGCAAGUCUUCUUGUACAACCCUAUGGGGCAAUAUUAAUUGGAAUUUUAUCAGCAAUAAUCUCUAUGGUUGGAUUCAAGAAAGUUACGCCCUGGUUGGAAACGAAAUGGAAAAUUAACGAUACGUGUGGUGUAAAUAACCUCCAUGGCAUUCCGGGCAUCUUGGGUGGCUUGAUCGGCACAUUUUUCGCCAGCUUAGCAACAGAAGAAAAUUAUGGUCUGGCCUUAUAUGAAUUAUAUCCAGCAAGAUGGGCAGAUGAAAUCCAUAAUUCUACAACGAGGAAAAAUUCAGACGAAGCUUAUAGAAGGGAUGCAUAUAUUCAGGCUGGAUUUCAAUUUUUAUCAAUACUGAUUACUAUUGCAAUUUCCACAGUAUCUGGAUACAUAACAGGACUCUUGAUUAAUUUGGAGAGGUUUCAGCUGAGUCCAUGUCAAUUCUUCAUGGAUUAUCCAUUCUGGCAAAUCAAUUACGAAUCUCCGUUACUCAAGUCUCCAUCUCGUAUUCGGGUAGAGCCUAAAGCCCACUCUCAACUCCAGCAGUUUUGAACGAGUCAAGACAAAUUACUGAAUACGUAGCUGUUGUGUGUUUUUCGUCAUUAAGAAGAGCUAACAUUUGCUCCACUUUCAAAGAAACAAGUUAUAAAUC